AGGUAACACUAAUUUUGACCGGCAAACGGUAAAUAAAAUAGCUGAUCUUUUUUCCAUUGUCCAGUAGAUAGACCAGCUGCAAGACUCUUUUUGGGUGUGUUCUGGAAUUUGAGUGCGCUCAAACAUUAAUCGGUCUUAUCUAUUCGCACGUGUUGUUAUCGAGUGAAAAUGGCGCUUUUCGGUGCAACAGCAACACUGUUACGAGGCUGCUGCCGCCAGCAACGACCGCUCGCCAUCUUGGCAAAAAAAUCGAAUUUUCUACAAACCGGAAUCGAAGUCGGGCAGCUUCAUUUUGAAUUUCAGUCUCAAAUAGGAUUUCUUGGUGUUCGUUUCGCAAGUAAUAGCAGCAAAAGCAAUAAGGGCAAAAUGGGUCUUCCCCGUGUAUUUUUUGAUAUGACUGCUGACGGACAGCCGCUUGGACGCAUCGUUAUGGAGCUCCGUAAGGAUGUUGUACCCAAAACUGCUGAGAACUUUCGCGUUUUGUGCACCGGCAAGAAGGGAUUUGGCUAUAAGGGGUGCACAUUCCAUCGUGUCAUACCGAAUUUCAUGUGUCAAGGUGGUGAUUUUACGAACCAUGAUGGUACUGGUGGAAAAUCCAUUUAUGGCAAUACAUUCAAGGAUGAAAACUUCAAAUUGAAGCACACCAUACCCGGUGUUUUGUCUAUGGCCAAUGCCGGACCGAAUACCAAUGGCUCACAAUUCUUUAUUUGCACUGUAAAGACACCUUGGCUGGAUGGGCAACAUGUAGUUUUUGGGCAGGUCAUUCAAGGGAUGGAGGUCGUAAAAGCCAUGGAGGCUUUGGGUUGUGCAAGCGGCGGGCCGAUGAAGAAAAUUGUCAUUGCUGAUUGUGGUGAAUUAAAAUAGAUUUGAAAAUCAAUAAUGUGACAUACAAAGUUAUACUGUGAUUGUAAUAGGUGUGAAUUGAAAACACAGAUACAUACGUACAUAUGUAUGUAUGUAUGUUUGGGUGUUCACUAGCAGAGUAAUUAAUUUUAAUAAGUGUGUUUUAGCGUUGAAUUAAAAUUUUAUGGCAUUAUUAAAUGAUUUCGAAAGUAAGUAAACUUUUACUUUUCUAAUUAAAUGUUGAAUCAAAGAAGUAAAUCUAUAUUGUAUACAUGCA